AUGGCCACUUAUGAACCCAGUUUCCUUCAGAAGGAUUUCCAUUCGGCUUGUAUCGUCUCCAAGUCAACAUUGAUAGGAGUGGAUCAAGAUGGGCAAAAGAUUGCUGUGAAGAGAAUCUAUGAGAUGGCAGGUGUUGAUGAUGGGCAAUUUCAGAAUGAGUUUACAAACCUUGCAAGGCUCAAGCACCGGAAUAUUGUGCGGUUAGUUGGUUAUUGCAACCAUAUUCAGGAAGUACCAGCAAUGUACGAAGGAAAAUUUGUUCUUGCUGAAAAGAUACAUAGGGCGCUCUGCUUAGAGUAUAUGUCUAAUGGAAGCCUUGAAAAGUAUAUUUCUGAUGAAUGUAAUAAAUAUGAUUGGCGCACAGGCUACGGAAUAAUUAAGGGGAUUUGCCAGGGUUUGAAAUGCCUCCACAUGGAAGUAAAGCCACCUAUUUAUCAUUUGGAUUUAAAGCCAGCCAAUGUAUUGCUGGAUGAGAACAUGGUUCCCAGACUUGCAGAUUUUGGGAUAUCAAGGCUCUUUGGAGAUGAACGAACGCGAGCUACAAAAAGUAUUUUAGGAACGCAAGGGUACUUACCGCCGGAAUACAUACACAACAAUUUGAUCUCAAGUAAGUUUGACAUAUUCAGCCUUGGUGUUGUAAUCAUAAAGAUAAUGUCAGGACGGGCGGGCUACUCAAAAAUUACUGACAUGUCUCCCCAGGAAUUCACUAAUCUUGUAAGAGAAUGUGUUGCCAUUAUCAAGAUCAUGUGCAUGUAA